GCCCCGUUCGCAGACCGCACUCGCGCCGCACGCAGGCCGCCGGCGGCUGUCGUCGUCGUCGUCGUCGUCGCCGCCGCCGCCGCCUAGAUCUCGCCUCUGGCUCGAGGGGCGGCGCAGGCACGCGCUUCCCUCCCUUCCCCUGCCAUUACUCUCCAGUUCAAGUCUCGGCCUCUGUUCUCCGCCGCCGUAGGGCUCGCCUCCCUGCUCCCCGUUCCGUGCCGGCGUGCCCCCCCCCCCCUCCCGCCUCGCUGCCCUGACGCCACCGUCCGCACUGCGCCGAGCGCGCGUGCCACCCGGGACGGCGGCGGCCCACCGCGUUAUCAUGUGCCGUUUGAAGUAUGAUCAUUGAGGUUCUGGUUAACGAAGCCACUAGGAUUGAUUGGCUGUCAUAAUGGACAAGACACAAUCUGAUUGCCCUUAUCCUGGAUGUUUCUUUUGUGUUAUGAAGGAGGCAAACCCUAGUAAACGAAGAGCAAGUGUGCUAAAGUUCUUUAGGGAGCUUCCUUCCCAAGAUGACAACGGUCAAGCUCUCCCUAUCAGCAGCCUCUGGAACACAGCGAUGGCUCACCCAAAUGAUCCUGAGUUCAUCAACUUGGGCAUAUUUGAAUGCAUGGCAGCUCUUAUAUGGAAAGGAUUGAAAAACAGGCGUUGGCUUGCACAUGAUCAGAAUAUUUACAUCCCAUAUUAUGCAGCUCACAUAAUUGGAUCAUAUACAAUGAAUAUGGAGGAGUUUGCAGAGCAUGCUGUUCGCGCUGGUGUAAUACCUCCAUUAGUGGAACUUUUAAGAGGUAGGCUGACAUGGGUGGAGCAAAGGGUUGCUGUUCGAGCUUUGGGGCAUUUAACUACAUAUCCUAGUACCUUUACUGCAGUUGCUGAUCAUGGGGAAGUACUUGAACUUGCCAUUCAACUUGCUUCAAGCUCCCUAGAAAUUGUGUACUCUCACUUUUACCAAUUUGUGGAUCAAAGACUUGGCUACCAUUGCGACCUUCUUACUCGUGGCAUGGGUAAUGCGGAAACCGAAUCCCGCAAAGCUGAGGAAUGGGCAAGUCAACUGCAGUGCUGGUCAUUGCAACUCAUUAACUGCUUUGCAUUUAAGCCUGAAUUCCUCCGUGAUAUUUGCAAGGCCGAUUUUCUAGUCAAGUUACCUGGAAUGUGGGGUGGGCUUGUGAAUGAGAACUCACCUGCUGGUGUUGGUUUGCUAAGAACAAUCUGCCAGAGCAAGGUUGGCCAAGGUCAUGUUGCUGUUGCUGACAUUCCUGGUACUAUUGACACUUUAUGCAACAUUGCUCGUUCUUCAGAUGACUGGCAAUACAUGGCAGUUGAUUGUCUGAUCUGGCUAGUGCAGGAUGCAAGUACUUGUCAUAAGGUUAUAGAUGAAGCAGCACCAAUGCUGAUAGAUUUAGCAGAUAUUUCAACACUGGGUGAUUAUAAAAAGCUUGGUGACACAAUUGUGACAGUCCUCCAAGAAUGUAUGCAACAGGGGAACUCACGCCGUACAAUUAGUACUCAGACCAAAGCAGAAAUUGAUGAGCUCUUGAGAUGCAAGAAAAGUUUUAAAUUGGAAAAGAAUAUGCUCAAGGAGGAUCUUCAUAUAAAACAAGCUGCAGCAUUGGUCGUGAAGUUGGAAGGAAAUUCCCUGUUCUCUUCAGGGAAUAUUGCAGGUGCUGCAGAGAAAUACUCUGAAGCACUUGCUCUGUGUCCAAUGAAGUCGAAGAAGGAGCGGGUGGUGCUUUACAGCAAUCGAGCUCAGUGUUACCUUCUCCUGCAGCAGCCAUUGGCCGCCAUAAGCGAUGCAACUCGAGCAUUGUGCCUUCAUAGCCCUGUGAAUCGUCAUGCCAAGAGUUUGUGGAGAAGAGCUCAAGCAUAUGAUACGCUUGGUUUUGCAAAAGAGAGCUUGCUGGAUGCAAUCCUUUUCAUAAAUGAAUGCUCUCAGUCAAACGAUCCUGACUUAUCCCUGAAGCAAAACAAAGUUCCUAAUUAUGCUGAGCGAUUGGUAAAGAAGCAGAUGCGCACAACCUGGUUGUUCAGGGAAGCAGCUCUGAAGCGUGGGGGUGUUCAUUGUCAAGGAGAUGCUAGUGAUGUGUUUGGUCGAGAGGCUGAUGAUUCUGAGUGGGAAACAGCUAGCGAAAGUGAUGCUGAGAGUGAUGCCAGGGGAGAAGCAGAUGAUGAAACUUAUGCUGAACUUGUAUUUGGAAGGUGCCGCACUGAGCAGCUGCAUCUAUCAAGCAUCAAAGCUUUCAGACGGAACAAUCUGGUGUCAUUUUUGUUGUCCUCAUCAGAAAAAAAAAGGCUCAAUCAAAUUCAUUUCCCUCAUCUGCUUGCUGAGCCAGUUGAGCUGUGCCUGUGACCGUUCAGUUCGCUCUUCUCAUGUGUCGAUCAUGUGUUCGGUGUCUGUAAAAUGUGUUCCACCAGUUUGUCAACUCGUUUUUGAAUGAACAAAGCUGUGCAUUGUCCUUUUCUUGUUUCCUUUUCUGACUUCUGAAGUUUUUACGCCCAUAAUCCUGGCAAUUUUCAGUAUAGCAUGUCAAUUGUUACGCAA